AUGCAGGAAGACCUUGCGCAGUUGAAUAAGCUGAUCAACGAACUUACGAAAUCCGCCGAUUCCGACGGUCUGUUUUCCAUUCCUAGGGUUCAGCUACUAUGGAAAAAGCCGAUCGUCGAGGAACUGAAAGAUCUGGAGAAGAAAGUAGAGAAACUUCAGUUUUUUGAGAACGAAAUUGAGCAGUCAGCAUAUUAUCUUAAUCAGCUAGGAAAGAACCACAUAAAGUCACUGCAGCACAAGGAACUGAUGGACAAGGUUGAAGACUAUUACAAAAAGAUCGCUAAAUACGAACGCUACAUUCUCAGCAAGAUUCACACAGAACUGUGA